AGUGGGUCAGUCUGCACUCUGCACCGGAUUGCACUCAGUUGAAGUACAAGAUCAUGAUCAUCAUCAUGUGCAAGCAGAUUUGGUGGGGUUUAAGAAAUGAUUUCUCGUCUUCUUCGAGCCUAUAUAAACCGCCAAUUCUUAAUCUUCCUCCGAAACACCCUCCAUUUCCUUCUUCAACAAAUCCAAAACCUCUUCCUCACCAUGUCAAACCCCAAAUCCGAAGCAAAACCCGAACCCUCUUCUUCUUCUUCUGAAUCUCCACCACCCUUCGAUCCUACACAACCCUCGGUUCCAAUUUCAUACCCAAUCAAGACCCUUCAGGAGCUUGAAUCUCGGUCCUAUUUUGAAUCCUUUCACUACCCUUUCAACAAAGCAUCGGUUCCAAUUUCCGAUGGGGUUUCUUCUUCGUUGCCCAAUCGGCGUAGGUUGCUCGUGUGCCAUGAUAUGGCUGGGGGUUACUUGGAUGAUAAGUGGGUACAAGGUGGUGCCAACCCUGAUGCUUAUGCAAUUUGGCACUGGCAUUUGAUUGAUGUGUUUGUUUACUUUUCUCAUGAUUUGGUUACUCUUCCUCCUCCUUGUUGGACUAACACUGCUCAUCGCCAUGGAGUUAAGGUGUUGGGGACUUUCAUUACUGAAUGGGAUGCAGGAAAGGCUGCCUGUGAUAUAUUGCUUUCAACAAAGGAGUCUGCCCAGAUGUAUGCAGAACGUCUAGCGGAGCUUGCUGUUGAUUUAGGCUUUGAUGGAUGGCUAAUAAAUAUGGAGGUAAAUUUGGAUCCAGGGAAAAUCUCUAAUUUGAAAGAGUUUGUAGACCAUUUAUCAUUAAAAAUGCAUUCUUCUGUGCCUGGAUCGUUAGUUAUAUGGUAUGACAGUAUUACAAUUGAUGGUAAAUUGAACUGGCAAGAUCAACUAAAUGAAUAUAACAAACCGUUCUUUGACAUAUGCGAUGGAAUAUUUGUAAACUAUACAUGGAAGGAAAACUAUCCAAAGCUCUCUGCUGCUGUUGCCAUGGAUCGGAAGUUUGAUGUUUACAUGGGAAUUGAUGUAUUUGGAAGAAACACUUAUGGUGGUGGACAGUGGAAUGCAAAUGUUGCUCUUGAUUUACUAAGAAAGGAUGACAUCUCUGCUGCAAUAUUUGCUCCUGGAUGGGUCUAUGAGACAAAGCAACCACCAGAUUUUGAGACUGCUCAGAAUAGUUGGUGGGGUCUUGUGGGAAAGUCAUGGGGAAUACUGCGAAAUUAUCUUGGAGUACUACCAUUCUAUACAAAUUUUGAUCAGGGGCGUGGUUAUCACAUUUCAGUUGAUGGAGACCAUGUAUCAAAUGCUAAUUGGUGCAACAUUUCUUGCCAAGGCUUUCAGCCACUCAUUGAGGUUGCUGAUCCUACAAAUCCUAUUCAAGUUCUUGUAGACUUGAAGGAAGCAUCAUAUAGUGGAGGGGGGAACAUUACAUUCAAAGGAUCUCUUGAAAAGAAAACGUACUUUGAGAGGAAAAUCUUUCAAGGAGAGUUUCUUUUGAGCGAGUUGCCUAUCCACUUUAUCUAUUCUGUGAAAUCUGAUGGCAAUUCUUUAUUGGGACUUAAGCUUGUGCUCACCUCCACCGGCGACAAAAGAACGUCUAUUCUUCUCACAUCGCAGGCCGUGAAUAAUUUCUCAAGUAAAUUCAGCAAAGUGAUCAUGGCACGUGAACAAAAGGGAUUUUCCCCUGGAUGGGUCAUAAAUGAAGGUGCAAUUGCCAUGGAUGGAUUCACUCUAACAGAAAUCCAUGCAGUUUGCUACAUAUCUGAUUCUCCAUUAUCAGAUGCCAAUGAUGGUAGUGUGGAUUAUUUUGCCAUUCUUGGUCAUAUCACAAUGAAAACUUCUGAUUACAAGUUGGAUUUUCCGGUCUCCUCUUCCUGGCUAGUUAGUGGUGAAUUCAUCAAAUUGAAUUCAGAUUCUCAAGGCUCCAAGACCCUUGAUGUUAAAAUUUCUUGGACACCGAAAGAUGGAAAAAAUCAUCUAUUUUCAAAGUACGUCGUGUAUUUGGUAAGAUUAUCAAAACAAGCAGAUGGCAACCCAGGUAGAACAUCAGAACAUGUUAAUGAGGAGUAUCUUGGGGUAGCACAAGUGAACUCUUUUUAUGUUUCUGACCUCAAAGUUCCUUUGGCCACUUCAAGUCUCAAAUUUAUAAUACAAGUUUGCGGUGUUGAUGGGACGAUUCAGGAAUUGGAUGAAUCUCCAUAUUAUGAAUUGAUAGUUGAAGGUCCUUAAUUUGUCAUAUGAAUGUAACAUUAUUGUUUUAUCUGAAGGAAGAAUCUAUUUUAUAUUCGGACGUUGCAGCUACUACAUAUGCGGCUUAAGCUGCAGUAAGCAAUAAUACAUAUGCAAGUAGCAAGAGCAUAUCCUGAUUUAAGUAUGAUUUAAACUUGAGUCAUUUUGGA